AUGGUCACGUCACCAUCUCAUCACUCACCAGCACCAACCAACAAAGUUGGAACCAGGAGGAAAUCACUGAUUGUAAUUACUCCCUCGCAAAUUUUAUGCGGCACGUUUGAUGGCCAUAGCCGUCUCACAAAUUCAUUCGGCACUGGAGCCACAACGCCCUCAAGUGAAGAAAAAGGUCAUGAUCCAUUAAAAGAUCCUAAUCGCAAGAAUCUCGAUUUGGAGGAGCUUCCACCAUUUUCGUUUCUGAAGAAGCCCAUAGAUGACAGGAGAUGUUGUGAGGGAGAGAUAAAACUGAAUAUCACUACCGUCAUAGGUGGCAAUACAUCAAGAACUCAAAGCAGAUCAAUCACCCCAAGGCAAUCACAAAUUUCACUUUUGUGCCAACCACAACAACAGCAACAACAACAACCAGAGAUCAUACUACCUGAUGAUUAUGAUGAGAGGAUACGGUUUCCACAAAUGAGUAGUCAUUACAUAUAUGAGAAUAAACCAGAGGCCAAUCGCAGUGAAUCAUUUGAGACAGUAGUGCAAAGCCAAGAGAAGUAUUCUAUCAAUGAAAAUGCUCCUAACGAGGAUGUGGAAUACACCCCAGCUGUUUUUGAUAUCAAUCAACCAACUAGACGCUACUCCACUCCGAAUCAAAUCGUAUCCAAAAACGAUGAGACUAAACUACUUGAGGAAUUUACCCGUAAUAAUUGCAUUUAUGAAGUUAAACAAGAUCAGUUCUUUACUCACCAGAUUUGCUCUGACAAUGAGAAUAGCACGUCACAGUGUGAGGAAAGGAAUUGCCCUAGACUUAAGAAUCAACCAAGUUUUCCCAAGGUGCAUCAUCGAAAAGACUCUAACCAGAAAUUAAACCAAGUGUAUCAAAUGAAGAAACCAAUGAUGACGCCAGCAGUUCUACGAGUGGAGCCUCAGAAACAACAUCAUCAGGUACAACUCCAAUCACAGCAGCAACAACAAGCUUUAUACGUGAAGCAGCACAGAGCUACUUCUUCAACUUACACAGUUUUCACCAUAAAUGAACAUAACAUCAAUAUAUCCAACGAGCCAACACACAAACAUUGGCAAUCCAAUAGUGCAACCGAUGCGUGCAUGGCUUGUCUUCGACCGUUUCAUAGUCCUCUCGUUACAAUGAUUUAUGAUGUUCCAAGGAGACAUCAUUGUCGGUUUUGUGGGUUGGUCUUUUGCAAGCUGUGUUUGGAUAUAGGAAGCGGUAGUGAUGAAUGUUCAAUGUCGUCUUCAUCGUCGUCGUUUACCCCCACAUCAAUAUCUUUUUCGUCAACAACUACCGCGUCGUCGAUUACACCUGUGGCAAAAUCAGAAAGGGGAAGCAACCCAGUAAUGACUCCGAUUAUAGAUAAGAAUGCCAACUUUGUUGUGCCGAUUGCAUCAGCAACAGCGACAGCUAGUGGGAUCUUCUCCUCAGCUCACACUACAAAGACAUGUCAUAAAUGUACGGCCCUUUAUGAGACACUAGUUAUUGAAAUCAGCAAACCAGCAAAUAUUGCAAGUUUGCUAAAUAAAGUCGACACAGAGCUGACCAAGAUUGAUUCCUGUGUUGCUGUUGUUGAGAAUCCCUAUCUCAAUGAUGCCAAAUUAUUUGACUAUGAAAUUACAACACACGCGUUCAAGCGAUUGAGUAUACGUAGUGUUACAAAAAGAGGUGAUGCUAGAAGAAGUAAUGGUGGUGUCGAAGUGGAUGAUUUAGGUGCUCAACCAGAUGAUGAUGAUGAUGAACGAAAAAUGAGCGUUGUUGGCGAAAUGCCAACCGAUUGGACUUGGAGUUCAUUUUGA